GAUCUUCGCUGGGCUGGCACGAAAGUGGGCUGUGCACGUGACCACGCUGUGGGCACUCCCAGUCGCGUCUCUUGCUCAGACGCGUCUACUUCUCCAAAUUCAUCUCAAACAUCUACGACCUUCGGUGAACCCUGAUACUUGCCUCUCAAAUAUUCUUAUGGAUGAGAUCACUGAUAUAUAUGCAGAACUCCCUCCAAUGGCGCCCCAAAGCCAUGACUUCAUCUCCAGACUCCAUCCGAAUGCCAAGCUUCCUUCCAUCGCUUUCUUACCUGGAAAGGAUGCAGCGAAUCUGCGAUUCACUCCCCGAACCUGGCGGUACAUAGCUGCUGAAGGGCUUUUCAACGUCUUCAAGUCAAGGAUGUAUGUUGGUAGCCUAGACGGCUUUGUCACACAAGGCAAACUUGCCAUACGACCAUGGAGAAGUUACCGGAGCAUUGCAGAUGGACUCAUCGAAUGGCCCUGGAUGACGCGUCACAUCCAGGAGAUAGAGAUAUACCUUCCUGAUCAAGAGCUUGGUAGUCUGGUAGCCGCUGCGGAUAUUCAUGAGAGCUUGAGAGAAAAUCCGGAUGCACCCUGGGAUUUCCCGAAAGAGAGCUUCCUCGAAUUAGGCCGCGAGUUCUCAGACGUGAAGGCCGAAGCCGUCCCGCUCAACGAAAUGUUUUCUCGGCUGCCACAUGUUGAGUCCUUGAGCAUUUUCUCGGAACGAUGUUCAUUUCCGCAAUCUGAAAGCUGCUUGUCAGCUUUUGGGAUGAGUAUAUGUGUAAAAAGGAACCCGCCUUGGAACCCUUUGGGCACAAACCAGCACCUACAAUCGCUACUUAGAAUAUUGCUCUUCGACAUGGCCCAUCAUAAUUUACUAAUCUAAAACAUACCUUGUGCGUCUCCAAGGGUCACACUGGUGUUCGUGCAAAAGAUCUUGGCCUGGCCACAAUAACAGGAACCGGAAGGCAUUCUAUUGCAUUGUUCUCGAAGUCGAUGUUCUUGGUAAGUGGGAAGUUAUAUUUGUCAGGGGAUCGUUCUGAAAUUUAGUGAGAAGAAUUCAAACUGCCCUUGGGCUUUCGUUCAAAAGGUUCACUUGGUGAAAAUUUAAUCAAAAGAUCUUUUGAAGUUGCGUCGAUUUGAAAUUGGAAUUCUAGAUUUAAUUUUACACAUCAAGAGGUCUCGAGCAAUAUCGACGUUAUUGGAAAUCAUUUGUUCGGUCCAAUAGCCGCUUCUA